AUGAAGACCGGAGGAAACGUCGACAAGAAGCGAACGCGCAUCUCACUGGCUUGCUUGCGGUGCCGUCAGCGUAAGAUCAAAUGUGAUGGUGCCGACAUCUGCCAGCACUGUCGGGUUGCCCGUGCUCCCUGUGAGCACGUGAGAGUCACUCAAGAGCAGAAUGAGGCAGCGAGAGCGCGAAAGCUGCGUGCAAAGGCAAAGAGAGAUCUCGAGAGCAGCUCGCCGCGCUCAAAGACAUCACGCUUAGACCCCAACGGCAAGCGCGUCGCCGCGAAACAUGGCAAGCGAAAUCAGCCAGACUCGCCCGAACCUCUGACGGCAACGAAUGGCAUGACCAUCUCCUAUCCGCCCAUGCCUCUUGCCCCGCUCAUCUCGCCCAAUUAUGGCUGGCACCAUCAAGAAGCGGGACAGCAUGCCCAUCAGUCACUCGUACCGAGAGGCUACUACUUGUCGCCCGAAUUGAAUCACCCGAUGACUUUGCCGCAAGAAGCUAUACAUCCCACUCAGCCGCAUCUCGACGCGCUCAUGCGUCACGGACUGAGCUAUGGGCAAGAAGACUUGUCCGCUCCACUCCAUCCACUUCGACCUUCAUUGCCAUAUCCUAUCCAGACGAAUCUGUCCUCUCAUUCCAUCACACCACAUCACUAUGCCCCUUCCCAUGACGAAUCAACAGCUUCAUCCUCACAUCAUCGUGCCAUGUCGAGUGGCGAUAUCUCUGGACAAAGCUCUGCACUCACAACGCCUGCCGAGCAGCCGACGUGCAUCUCCAAUUCCCCGGUAGAAUGUGCACAUUGCGCUCUUAGACAAAAAAGUAGCAGCGACGCUAUCUCGGCCGUUCAGACUACCUACUUGGCACCCAAUGUGUAUUCUCACUAUGUGCCACAAUCACUUCAACCUCACCUUGCCUCGCUAGAAGAUGCGUAUCGACGCCCCGAAUAUGUCAAUACUCAGUGA